AUGCUCCUGCCCAAGGGUACCACGUUGGAGGGACUACCUGGGCGGGUGUUCCGCCAGGCCAGCUACGUGCAGACGACGGCGCGGCGCAGCCACCGUUGCCUCUGGAUCGAGCACGCCGACAGCAUCUCCUGCCUCGCCGUCGCCGCCACGGUGCACAACGCCGCGCUGCUCUACUCGGGCUACUGGGACCGCACGCUCAAGGUCUGGCGCAUCGCUGACCUCAAGUGCCUCGAGUACAUCCGCGCCCACGAUGACACCGUCAACGCCGUCGCCGCCGGUGCCGGCGUCAUCUACUCCGGCUCCGCCGAUGGCGCGUCAAGGCGUGGGAGAAGGGCAAGGCGUCGCAUUUCCUCCAGGGCGUCCUCGUCGCCCGCGAUGGCGUGUCCUGUUAGAUAUGACGCAAUAGAAAAUCAACUCACAGCUGACAUCUCUCAUCUGAUGAAAAUUCUUAGGCGAAGGUAUUACCUUGUGGAGAAGGCAAAGGAUGCAAACAUUAUUGGCAUUUUGGUGGGAACUCUGGGUGUUGGUAUGCACAUUGUUAACUUGAACAUAAAAAGUAGUUAUGCCAAUGUUGAGGGACUGUUAGAUUGUGACCUCAACUAUGAGAAACACUUAAAUUUUGUGAUGCGGUGCAUUGCACUCCUUGAUGAUGCAGCUGGUUAUCUUCAUAUAAUCGAACAAAUGAAAGAACUGAUCAAGACCGCUGGAAAGAAAUCUUAUACAUUGGUCAUGGGCAGGCCUAAUUCUGCAAAACUUGCGAAUUUUCCAGAGAGAAACAAGAAGUUGCGAGCACAGCAGAAGAAGCACAUUUUUCUUUUAUCAAAGGGUGUCUAUGUGGAAGAUAAUUGCCCCCAAGAAAAUGAGGAGCAAUCAGAAAUGUCGCUCGCACUGGCUGAGGUAACAGUAAAGGCACUAAGCAUCCAAAACCAGCACAAUAAUGACGCUGUCCUUUACCAAGGAAGAGCAAUGUCCUCAAUCGACUACCUCAAGGCGCGUUCAUACCGUGGUCUAGCUGGAGAAUAUGAAGGUCCAGUGCCUAAUUCAAUCUUGGUAGGCAGAACCGGCAGGCAGCUGGUUACAGUGAUGAGAAAACCGAGAACGCACAAUGAAUGUAGCAUCGUGCCAGUUAACCCGUUACUACAGGCUCCCUUGUUUUGGCGGUGA